AGAACUGGACUGGCAGACUCCUUUGACACAAGACCACCAAUACUGGAAUGGCCAGUGACUUUGUGCUCCAAUGCGCUAUCGCAAUCCUUUAAAAAUCGCCAUUCAGAUUUUGGACCACUCAAGCCAACAGCUCACACUUUCCCCCUCCACCCAGACCAAGCAGAGCGGGAAGGCUUUUGUGGAGAAACACUUUCAUCAUUCCACCGACAGCUACAUGAGUGUCCAGUUGGGGCAGGACAGACUCAGGCUUUGCUACACCAAUCGGACCUUCCAAAAGGUCCUUCUGCCAGGCAGCCUGGCCUGAAGGGCUGGCCACUUCAGUUCCUUCAGAGAGCUUCAAAGUCAAUGACCAGCUCGCUGCUCAUCCUCGUACAUCUGAAGGGCCAGCGUUUGGACUGGUUUGUGGGACGUCAAGGAGAAGAUGCUGGACCUCAGUUUUCUGACCGAGGAAGAGUAUGGCAAGCUGAUGCGAGUGUUGCAGAGGGAUGCAGAGCUCAAGAAAAAGGACGGUGAUCGGAUCAGGCGGUUGCAAGGUUCGCUGAAGGAUGAGAAGAAAAAGAAGUUUGUGACGGGCGAGUGGUUCCAUGAAGCGAAGGCCCAGCGCUUCCGAGAGGAUUUAGAAGGCCCAGAUCUACUCCGAGCUUCCAUUAGGAAGAGAAGCAGCCAUUCUGACUGUACCGAUAAUGAAUUCAUCCCCCAAAUCGUGGAAGGUGGACAGGCAGCUGUUUCGUCUUCGUCUCCCUCAGAAGAAGGAAGGUUGUAUGAACCUGGUUUGAAUUCUGCAGAAGGGCAACUGCUCAAGUCAAAGCCAAGAGUGAAAUUGUCGGCCUGGCCUUCUUCUUUAGAAAAGAAAUCCAGUGUAGAAGAUGUAUCUCCAGCAGACAGCGGGGUUGUGGUCAGUCCAUUUGCGGCUACAAGGGAAAACUCAGAAGUUGGGUGUGAACUCUCACCAGGGAGCUCCACCAAGCUUCUUGAUGAGUUGUCUUACUCAGUGGGAGAUGAUGUUUCUAACACUGUGGAGGAUGCCCCUGAUGGUGUUAAGGAAAUCAGAGGAUUUCAACCAGCUCUUCAAAAGGAAUUCAGCCCACCUAGCAGAAUACCAGUGAACAGAAAAUCAAGCAAACCAUUAUUCUCUCCCAACUUCACCCACAGCGAUGGAGCUAAGAAAUCUGGGCUGGGCUUAGAGAAGACACAAGUCUUGAAGGUUUUCAAAUUCCCACCUGUAGGAGAGGAAAACGGUCCUCCACUGAAACCGGAUGCCAAUCACAUUAUCGUUUCAUCGGUCAGUAACAAGGAUGAGGAAAUUGGUGUCGACCAUGCACACUUCAAAAACCUGAAAAACUUUUGGGAGAAAGGUGGUGAUUCUCUCUUGGCUAGCGACACAGAAGAAAAACUAAUGGAAAAAGCCAACCCCACAGAGGUCAAUGGGAGGCCACCCAGACUGAACCGGUCUCUCUCAGCCCAGUCCAAUCAAGGCCAGACGAGCGAUGACAAGCUUAGUUCCAACAUGAACACUAAAAUCAGAAUCGUCUACAACAGAUCCGUGAUCUUGUCUUCCAGUGAAGAUGAACCUCUUUAUACCAGCCCACCAAGGAAAGGGUCAGGCUCCCACAUCCCCAGAUCGUCCUAUGGCAGACGCAAAGGCUCAAUGGGAAAUCGGAACCAUCUAAGUGAGGGGAACGGGAAGCAGUCUUCAGUGGAAGAAGAACGGAAAGUCCAGCGUUCCACCAAGAGAUCAAAAUUACCGGUUUGGGUGCCUUCGGUCAAAAUAGAGGCACCCAUCAAAGAACCGAGAGGGAUCAUUUAUGAGCCAGAGAUUCCUGCCGAUGAGUUUGUCAUGAUCGAAGAAAACAAACGUAAGAUGGAUUCCUUGGCAGGAAGGGUUCAGAUCUUGAUCGAGUCCGUACCAUCAGAGGAGAUGGAUCCAGGGGUUGAUGUUGUAGAAAGAUGUCCUGAUCUGAACAAUCUGCAAACGACUGAGAUCCUGCAUGAAGCUGAACUAUGUAGUUUUAUGGAGGACCUUCCAGAAAGCCAAGCAGAUGAUGAGAAUCAAGACGCUCAAGAAGUGAAUAAUUAUGUGCCUUCAGAAGGAGAGGUCCCUGCUGCUCCUGUUUUCAAGAAAAUAAGGCGCACCAACGGCUGCAAUCUUGCAAAAAGCAUGGUCAACCUUUACACAACCACUGAAACUUACACGAAGCCCCAAGUGCUGAGUCAUCAGUACCUUGAGCCUGAGCGAGCCAAAGACCUCAGCAGAUCCUCUCCUUUCCUCCUCCUCUCUGAGACCGAAUCAGACACGGCUUCAGAAAUCAGCUUCCAGUUCAACAGGCAUAAGAAGACAUCAAGCGUGGGCAGUCAUUCCUCUGACAUGGCGUCUGUUUCUUCGGUGAGUGGCAGUGUCCUGAGUGUGUACAGUGGUGAUUUUGGCAGUGUCGAUGCUCAGGGGCUGGUCCAGUUUGCCUUGGAUUAUGAUGAGAAGAACCAAGAAUUCCAAAUUUUUGUUUCCCAGUGCAAAGACUUGGCAAUUGUGGAUGAAAAAAAAGGAAGGACAGAUCCAUACGUCAAAACCUACCUGCUUCCAGAUAAGGCAAGGAUGGGCAAGAGAAAGACAUCAGUGAAGAAAAGAACCAUCAGCCCCAUUUACAACGAGGUGUUGCGGUAUAAAAUACAGAAAGUGGUUUUGCUGAUUCAAAAGUUGAACCUGUCCGUGUGGCACAACGAUCCCUUGGGAAGGAACAGUUUCUUAGGCGAAAUGGAAAUUGACUUGGCCAGCUGGGAUUGGAGUAACAAUAAAUUAAACUGGUACAUGCUCAAACCACGGAGCCUCUCCGCCAUCAACGGCAUUGACCAUCGAGGGGUGAUGAAUCUUUCCAUCAAAUAUGUCCCCCCAGGAAGUCUAGGGCGCAAAAGUCCCCCGUCCGGAGAGGUUCAUAUCUGGGUGAAGGAUACCAAAGAUCUCCCACAGUUACGCCCUUCUGGAGUAGACUCCUUUGUGAAAUGCUACGUGCUUCCAGACACCAGCAAGAAAAGUUAUCAAAAAACCCGAAUUGUCAAGAGAGACUCCAAUCCCGUCUUCAACCACACCAUUGUGUAUGACGGAUUUCACACGGAAGAUCUGAAGGAUGCCUGUGUGGAACUGACGGUCUGGGAUCAUGAAAAGCUCACCAAUCACUUUCUUGGAGGGAUCCGGCUAGGAAUCGGGACGGGCUUCAGCUAUGGAAUUGCUGUUGACUGGAUGGAUUCCACACAAGAGGAAGUAGCCUUCUGGCAAGAAAUGAGGUCAACGCCCAACGAAUGGAUCGAAGGCUCACUCCUUUUGCGCUCCUUGGCUGGGAAAAACAAGCUGAAGUGACACCUCUGAGAGUUCAGCUACGUGGCAGGGAGAACACACAGAGAGGCCAGCUUUGAUUUGUUGUCAGGUACAUAAGAAUGCAAAAAGGGAGCCAAAAAUUAAGAAAGACACUGAUCCAAGAGGAAAGGUGCGAGCAUCACACCUCGUUUUCAUAAGGCGUGGGAGAGCUACUCUGUACAUCGGCGGUACAGAUGUUGACUUAAGGGCCAGAAGGCAGGGCUGAAGAGGUGGGGAUGUGGGAUGGAGAUGACUAAUGCAACCAUUUUUUGCUUUCCCUCACAUGGAAAGUUGAACUAGAAUUGUGGUUAGCAGAAGCCUCCCCCAAUCAACUCAUUGUGCACCUCUUAAAAACUCUCUACUGGGAUGACACUGUUGGAGAUGAAUGAUUUUAUUCUGAGCCAAAGAAGGAAAUCUUGUCUAAGUGAUGCUACGAUCACUUAAGAGCCAGGAUGGAAUCAUGGACUUUAAGGAGCCCUUUAAGGUCUGCUAGGUCAACCCCUGCUCACUGCAGGAACCAAGAUUAAAGUGUUCCUAGCAGAUGGCCAUCCAGCCUCACCUUGGACAGCUCCAACGAUGGCAAGGUCUCUUGGUAGUUCUUUCCGCCGCUCUUUACUAUUAUGAAACUUGUUCUGAAAUUCAGGCAGAGCCUGCCUCCUAUGAUUUCACAUCUACCUCUUUGGAACCUGAGAAAACAAGACGGGCAUCUGACAAUUGACGGACGCUUGCUUUGGUAAGUGAGCGAAGGGAUAACAAGACUUACGCGACACAGACAGAGGAACUCAAGAGAGGAAACCAGAACUUGGAGGCUCUUCAUUUUUAUUUAGCAGGAUUUUAACUUUCCACUUGCAACUUAAAUCAGAACAUUCCUUUUCAGGAUGAUUUCAAAGCUAAAGGUAGCAUUUCAGCAGGCUGGUUGUUUUUGUUUUUUUUAAUGCAUUAGCUGUGAUAAAUCUGUUCAUUGUGAGCUGGGAAUUCUUUUUAAUGAAUGGCUGGUCACCCUCUCCUGGCCAUUACUUUUAAGCACACUUAAAAAAAUACUUCACGCUCUGUGUUCGCUAUUCUUCUCUUUCCUACAACCCAGCCUUACGAAUUGUGGUUAUCUAAAAAGGUCUGUUGUUUUAUGUAUCUGAUCAAAUGGACUACAGUCCGUACAAUGUCACAUCAUAAUAAACGUGUUAGUCUUUAAGAUGUCAAAA